UCGUGCGGGUAAAUCUCGGGUAUCACCGAGAGUUUAACGAAGCGCUAUUCUGAGGAGGUGGGCCAAGUCCCGAGAGAGAGAGAGAGAGAGAGAGAGAGAAGAAGAGAGAGAGAGAGAGAGCGGGAGGAGGGGGAGGACCUUCGGACUCGGUGACAGUCUGGGAUGUUGUUGCUGCUGUUGUCCGUGAUGUGAAGCGACAUUAAGGAGCUGAUGAAAGGACUCCUGCCAGCGCGAGGACACAUAUUCAUACAUUUUUGCAGUUACAUAUUUAGCCGCUCUGCUUGGUAGAGACCAGUUGAAGUUGGCUUCCUGCCUGUUGAGAUGUGCCAAUAGGAAACACUGUGAACAGGGGUUCAUGCUGAUGAAAUUGAUCUGCUCAGUGAGCUCCAACCAGAGCCAUGGGGAGUACCCAGACUGCCGCAGUGAGAGGGAGUCGGGAGGGGAGGCGUCUCUCCUGGUGUCUCCGCUGGUGGUGGCGGGGAUCGUUAUAGGUCUGGUCCUCUUCCUCUCCUGCAUCACCAUCAUCGUCGGCAGCCUGCGCAAAGACAGUCGACUCCGAAACCCACACCUCCGAGCUAGCUACGGACCAGAUGGUUUUUCCUAUGGAGGUUCAGUGGGAGAACUGAGGUCUACCUGCUUAGAAGACUUUCCUCCUGGUUUAGACUUUGACUCAUACAGAGAGACUCUAUCGCAGGUCAACAGCCUGUACCCAGACUCGCCUCCACGUUACGAUGAGUGUGUUGGCCCUGGUUCGACUCAGAUCUACAUACCUACAGAUGACCCACCUCCUUACUCCCUACUGGACCCCUGUCAGAGAGGCCCGGAGCAGGAGGAGCAGCCUAGCUACACCGGUCCGGAUCCUUCUCCGUACUGUGGAGAGACCUCGGCCGGCGCCGGCUGGUUCUCCCCCUCCCACUACGCGCUGGGACUGCAGGAGCACGAGCACCAACACAUCGCAUCCAUCUCCUUCCCGCUGGAGGCGGCACCGCCUUACGAGUCAGUGUUGGCCGAGCAGGGACACCCCCUCCCUCUCAUGCCAUGUGACCUUUAUAAACACCAGUCAGAGCGGGGGGACGAUGGCGGCUCCCAGCAACCCGGGGCGAGCCAGAUCUUGUAGGACAAUUAAUUUGUUUCUCUCACCUGCGCUGUUGGUUGUCCCCAGUUGAAUCACUUCUGAUGUGGGGCACAAAAUGGCUGUUAGGAGCGGCUGGGACACCAAACAAUGGACACUAAUGAGAUGUACACAUCUUCCACACAGUUGCUAAAACCUAAUCAGGCUGAACGUCAGCAUCUCAGCGGACUGACAUGAAGCCGGGACUCCAGCUUUCAACCUACAGUUUGUUUCUGGACGAAAUAAAAACUAACGUCUGACUGUGUUGUACCGUAAAGUUUCCGGAAAGACAACUUCUCUAAAAAGGUUUGUCAUCCGAGCGACGCUCCGUCGGACAAUGACUCCAUCUGGUAAUAACACUAUUGUCUGGUUCAGUUUUACCGCGUCUUGACUGUUAAUCUCUUUUUUUCUUGAAUUAGGGCGGAUCUAAGAGACACGUGUUUGAAGUUAGUUAAAAGACUAACAUUGAUUCACCACACUGUAGACGACAGGAAGCCGACUUCUUGUGUAGGAGAAAGAGUGUGUGGUUUUUAGUGGGUUUUUUUUUUAGGUAUACACAAGCACACAGAGUUCCCCCUCUCCCAUUUAUUUUGGUCUGAUCCUCACCUGUCGGUAUGUUUUCAUGAUGUUCUGGAUGAAGUCACACUUAGCUCUGGUGUUGUGUAAGAGAACAGUGUGUCUCAGCAGUGUGUGAGCAUUUAGUAUCCUAGUGGUAAGAGGAAUGACUUUGUAACGAAAUAAUUGUGGCCAUAAAAUCCUGGACGGGAACAGUGAAUCAUCAACAGUCCCCUUCUUUCCAGUCAUAUAUGUUUGUCCCCUUCAGCAAUGCACUAUGAUGAGGAAGUCACCGUGAAAUGUUUUGCAACAUACUGUACAUCUGUCAUCACCAGAGAGGGGGUUUCAACCAGUCCGCCGUCGUACACAUUGUCGUAACUACUUCUGUCAAGGGCUCUGGUUUUAAUAUCAGUGCUGUACCUGGACCCCAGCAGCAAAAUGUAGCUCGGAGCCCCUCCCCCCUUGACGAAGGUUGGGGGUUGAUGCAACAGAGAAGUUACACAUGAAACUGUAGAAACUGUCAACACACCGUUCACUGGAGAAACGGAUGCUUCUGUCUUUUUUGUCUUUUGGUUCCACCCUUGUGAAAGAAUAAUCUUGGCCCGAGUUUUCCAAACAUCUCCACAGUUAUUAACCUGCAUAAGCAACAACUGGUUUGUGUUCGAUACGUUAAUGCAGCAGAUGCAGAGAUGUGACAGGAAUAAGAAUCUAGAUACUGUUGUUUUCGAUAUUUACAUUUAGUGAAAAAUGCCGUUUGCGUUGUCUUAAAGCUCGAGGUGACGUCUUCAAAUUGCUGGUUUUUGUCUGAUCAACGCCUCAAAACCCAAAGAUUUCAGUCUACUUUCAAAUUAGUAGAAAUGUUAUCGACUUAAUUUUUGCUCGAUCUACUAAUUGAUUAACUGACCAAUCAUUCCAUGUCUAUUGUAAACGGAUUGACAUCCAAACACAAUUUUUUUGGAUGUAUCGCUCCUGAUCAAAAACAAAUUAAUUGCACUGAAAAUUUUAUUUUAAGGGGGAAAAUUAAUUCCUGUAACCACAGACUUUUCUUUACUCUUAUUAAGAGGUGUCGGUCGCCUCACCUUAACAACAGCAUGACUGUACAAAUCGAUCUCAUGUCUGACACACUGGAGACAAAUAUAAUCCAGGUGCCAUGUGUACAUUAAAGAUGUAACCAGCCGUUCACUGCUGUGGGUGCAGAAGCUGAACACCUCCACCGCGGCCACCCGAGACCCUCGAAGCUCUCCGUUAUUUUACAUUGUUUAAAAUAUUCUGACAAAGACAGAAGCAGGAGAGGAAUGUGCGAACAAGGUGUGAGGAGGGAAAAACCUGGAGACACUAAGACCUGUAGACAACACAUCACCAUUCAUCACCAGUUAUUGAAGUGGGAAGUCAUCUGAGGUGAAGCUUUAAUAACGAUGCAAAUGUUGCUUAUGAUUUUAGAAUAACUCGUCCAGGUUGGUUCGUUCUGUGACUUUUGUUCCUUAAUGUAGAAAAUGGUCCUUAUGUGACAUUGUCUUUGUGUUAAAAGAUGUGCCUAUUAAAUAAAUAGCCCUCAGACUGUUAGUUUGAACAUUGUAGCCAUAAUAUAAUAAUCUCAAUGCAAUGACUCCAGUGCUCUGCACUGUUAAAUGUUUGGUUCUGUCAUGAAGUUUUGGUUUCCUGAUGUGGUUUGGAAGAUCUUCUCACUAUUUGAACCCCUGUUAAAUAAGUCGUGAUGACAGAUUUGAUUGACACAUCUUGUUUGUUCCAGCGAUCAGCUUCGUUUAUCAUUUGAUUCAGUUUAGCAGCUGAAGUCGAGUCAUCAACUGCCCGAGUCACAACCUUUCGUUUAUUGCCCCAGCGUUUGCUUUUAAUUGUUUCCAUUCAGAGUCAUGAUGUAGUCAGUUUUAGUACAAAUGUUAACAACUCUUUUGAUGAUAUUGUGAUGAACCAUGAACUCUUUAACCACUUACAGUCUUACUCUCUGUUCUCCCCUCUGUCUGUUUCUCUCUUCUUCCCUCCUCCCUCACUCUUUUCUCCCUGCAGGAUUCAGGGAAUCUUUAGAAAUUACUAUUGUAAUGCCCACAGCCAUUUUCUUUUAAGCACAGUCAGUUCAAAACAAAGACAUAACUUCAUUUCAUCUGCUACUGAAGCGUCGCUCAUUUUCACUCUCUGCCACUGUAACUGUUCUACACAUAAAGGAUUAUUUUAGAAUUAAUUGGCUUGUAAGUAAAUUUAGGCUAAUUAGUUAUGGGUGUAAAAUGAUAUGUAUAUACAGUAUAAUAGAAUAGCAUUUUAUCAAACUAGUAGGAUUUAACUGGUGAUCAGAGAAUCUCAUGUCUUUAAUGGUUCUCAUCAAAUUACACAAAAUAUGAAGGACAUUAAAAGACCUCACAUGUAGUGCACGCAGCUGCAUGACAGCAGGCCUAAUAUAGUCAGAGUACAUUUAUACAGUACAUAGAAAUAGCAUUAUAGCAUCGGCCAAGUCCUGCAAUAAUAAUGUCUCCACAAGAGAAAACACAAUAAGCGCCAGAAUUAGCUUUUUGAAUUUGGAAAGUAUGACGUAGACAAAGCAAUUAUUGCUGUAUCAAUAUUCAAUUUUACAUUAAAACCUGCUCCUGAUGGUUUUCAGGUAUGACCAGAACCUUGAAACUGUAACAAUGCCUUUAUGUUAUUUUAUUUAUUUAGUAACUCUACUAUAUUUGGUGUACUAGUAGUGUUUGGGAAAAACAAAACAAACAAACAAAAUUAUAUAUAUUUUAGAUGUAUGAAAUGAUACACGCCUUCAAAAAAAAAGUUUUGUUUCAGAUUUUUUUCUGCCUCAUUUCAGAUUCAAGAGAUACAGUAGUUUGAGUGUGAGAAAAAAGCCAUCGCCAGUUAGAGUAAAAAUAUGAAAAGAAGACGCUUCUGUCUGACACAUAAAAGGCCGAGUUUUACAGAGAAUCUGAAAAAUUAAUCAAAUGAAAUCAUGAAUACACCUAUUCCCAAAACUCCUACACGCUUCCACACUGCUCUCCUUUUAGUCAGUGUUCAUCAUUAAGUGAAAUGAAUUCAUGUGUCAUGUGUAUCUCCACAAAUUCCCAUGUUUGUAUGUUGAAAAUCUACAUCAGAGGAUAGAUCAAACCAGACUGUCACAAAUGUAGUUUUAUACACCUUUUUUUUUUUACCCAUCGUCCACCAGAGGGUGCUGCAGAACUACAAUAUAUCACUCAUCUAUUUAACAACACACACAAACACACACACACACACACACACACACACACACACACACACACACACAUACACAUAAGAGGCUGGAUGCUGAAUAAAACAGUAUGAUCCCCUGGGUGUGUUUUGCCAUGCUUGUAUAAAGUGAGGGGUGUUUUAAGGCUUUAUUAGAUUAGAGGAAGAGUAAAAUGUAAAGAUCACCAUGUCAGUAUUAUAUUAGAAUUUGUUACUUAAAGACAUGAGUGUGUCUCCUUUCCUAGUCCAACUAGAGAGAAGUAUUUUCCAGCACAUGUUCACAUAUUACUUUCUUUUCAGCUAGGAUAGCACUGUUUCGUAUAGGUGCAUUCUCUGUAAGUAAAUGGUGUGUAAUUGUCUUACAUGUGUAUCACUCCCCACAUUUCCUCCUUGCUCUUCUUUCUUUGUCUCUCGAGACAACAAACUUCAUGUAUAUAUUAGGAACAGUGGUUAAUAAUGUUUCUUUAUGUUCUGUAUUAGAGAUUUUGGUAAAUAUUUUCUUCUGUAGAGAAGAGUGAAUAAAUCUGAGCUCUUAUAUCAAUCAGUGAGUGGCUGAUUUUGAACAAACAGGAAACACACACACACACACACACACACACACAUACACACACACACACAUAUAGGUGAAAGGAGAGCUCUGUAUGUAUCCUGUAUCCUAUUUUUGUUUUCUUUG